UUGGGGAGAAGUUAGAAUACCUACCUCAUAGAUUUUCUGUGUAUAUUAAAGGCAAAUGUGUACUCUAUUACAUAUUUUUCUUCUUCCCUCUCCUGCUUCCAUCAGGGAAGCUGUGUGGGAAAUUUAGACCAUUUAGAACAUGGCAACCAAACAGACAGAGCCGGUCACCGUCAUUAGCCUCCAGAAGCUGAGCCUGGAGACCCCAGAGCCACAGCCAAAAGAGUCAAAGACAUUCACCGUGGAAGACGCCGUGGAGACCAUUGGAUUUGGACGAUUCCACAUUGCUUUGUUUCUGAUCAUGGGCAGCACUGGGGUUGCCGAGGCCAUGGAGAUCAUGUUAAUAGCGGUCGUGUCUCCUGUCAUCCGCUGUGAAUGGCAGCUGGAGAAUUGGCAGGUGGCAUUAGUGACCACGAUGGUGUUUUUUGGCUACAUGGUAUUCAGCAUCCUCUUUGGCCUUCUGGCUGACAGAUAUGGCCGCUGGAAGAUUUUGCUGAUCUCGUUCCUGUGGGGAGCCUACUUCUCCUUGCUGACCUCUUUCUCUCCCUCGUACAUCUGGUUUGUCUUCCUGCGGACAAUGGUGGGCUGUGGUGUGUCUGGCCAUGCACAAGGGCUAAUCAUAAAGACUGAAUUUUUGCCUACAAAAUAUCGAGGCUAUAUGCUCCCCUUGUCUCAGGUUUUCUGGCUGGCUGGCUCCCUGCUUAUCAUCGGCCUGGCCUCUGUGGUCAUCCCCACCAUCGGGUGGCGGUGGCUCAUCCGCAUCGCCUCUAUUCCUGGCAUUAUCCUCAUCUUGGCCUUCAAGUUUAUUCCUGAGUCUGCUCGCUUCAAUGUCUCCACUGGGAACACUCAGGCUGCCUUGGCCACACUGGAGCACAUUGCCAAGAUGAACCGCUCCGUCAUGCCAGAGGGGAGGCUGGUGGAGCCCAUCCUGGAAAAAAGAGGAAGAUUUGCAGACCUAUUGGAUGCUAAAUAUUUACGGACCACAUUACAGAUCUGGGUCAUAUGGCUGGGAAUUUCUUUCGCCUACUAUGGAGUCAUUCUGGCCAGUGCCGAGCUGCUGGAGCGGGACUUGGUCUGUGGCUCGCGGUCUGAGUCUGAGGUGGUGAUGACUGUGGGGGACACAGAAGGGAGCCAGAGUCCCUGCCACUGCCACAUGUUUGCCCCCUCUGACUACCAGACCAUGAUUAUCAGCACCAUUGGGGAAAUUGCUCUGAAUCCUUUCAAUAUCCUGGGCAUUAAUUUCCUGGGAAGACGGCUGAGUCUUUCUAUCACCAUGGGAUGUACAGCCUUAUUCUUCCUUCUUCUCAACAUUUGCACAUCAAGUGCUGGCCUGAUUGGCUUCCUGUUCAUGCUGAGGGCUUUGGUGGCAGCCAACUUCAACACCAUCUAUAUUUACACUGCUGAGGUCUAUCCCACAACGAUGCGUGCUUUGGGGAUGGGGACCAGCGGCUCCCUGUGUCGCAUUGGUGCAAUGGUGGCACCAUUUAUAUCCCAGGUUCUUAUGAGCGCAUCCUUCCUGGGGGCCCUGUGUCUUUUCUCAUCAGUCUGCAUUGUAUGUGCCAUUUCUGCCUUUACUCUCCCCAUUGAGACCAAAGGACGAGCUCUACAGCAAAUUAAAUGAAGACCUGCAAACCAAUGUCUACCGGAGAAGAAAAAUGCAUUUUGUGUUUACAAAGAGCUGUGGCACAGUUUUA